ACUCUCACGGUUUCACCGUGUGACACACUCUUUUGCCUGUUUACACACGCACACACGCCACACAUCCAAUUUCUCACGGCAAAAAAAAAAAGACGCGUUCGUUCCUUUCCAAACUACCCGACGGUAGAUGGCGCUGUUGAGCGCCACUGAACCUGCAUCCGAAGUUAGCGACAGAAGAAUAGUGAGACGGCGGGAAAAACUACCUCGAGAAGUCAGAUGGGAAUGUAAACUCUCAUCUGAGACGUUACUUACAAGGUAUGUUACAAUGAAAUGCAUUUCAAUUGAGAACUCACUCUCUUAAACUUUAAAUCUUUAAAUUAUUUGUUUGUGUUUGUGCGUGUCUGUGGACUUGAUUUAGUGUGGUGACCUUAACAUAAAUAAUAGGCUACAAGAAAUGUGUGCAAUAGAAGUAGGCAUGUUCUUAUAACUGAGAGUAGAGUUAUUAAACCAACAUGAUCGCCAUUUUAAUUCUUUAAGGUUUCAAAGAUGUCCCGUAAGAGACCUUUGACAGGACAAAAGCGAAACCUUUUAUUUUAUUUAAAGAAGCAGCCAAGUGAAAAAAGACAGAGAAACACAUUGACAGAACAGCCAGAACAGCCAGAACCACUGACAGGACAACAGACAGAGGAGCAACACACGGGACAGAGGGAGCAGGAGACAGGUCAGCUAGAGCUACAGCCAGGACAGACUGACAAACAUGCAGAGGAGCAACAGACAGGACAAAUAGAAGCACAUGCAGAGGAGCCACAAACAGGACAAAUAGAAGCACAUGCAGAGGAGCCACAGACAGGACAAAUAGAAGCACAUGCAGAGGAGCCACAGACAGGACAAAUAGAAGCACAUGCAGAGGAGCCACAGACAGGACAAAUAGAAGCACAUGCAGAGGAGCAACAGACAGGACAAAUAGCACGACCAACAGAGCAGAUGGAAGAAGACACAGAGGGACAGACAGAAGGGUCUCCCCCAAUCCAACACCAGGGCCAGAAGAGUCGUGCUCUGGCUGGAGCAUCAACAUAUAGAUCCAUUUUCAAAAAUGAGUGGACCUCUUCAUGGCCAUUUAUUACGAGAGGGACCCUCAUCACACACUACUGGUGUGCAGUGUCCCGAAUUGAAAACUCCUGUUGCCAUCAGGGUGUGACAGAUGUAGUGCGCCACAUAAAAACCAAAAGCCACCAAGAAAAGCAACGGGCUCUCCAGUCCUCAGCCACAAUAUCACAAUAUGCAAUGCCCAUUCCCUCUGUUGGGGGCAUGUCUGCACAAGAUGCUAAGACAAGAAGAGCUGAGGUCAAAAUGACAGCUGGGUUGGGAGUUCACAACAUCCCCCUAGCCUUUGCGGACCACCUAGGGCCUCUCCUAAAAGAAUGUUUCGGAGAUUCGAAGACAGCACAGGAGUACAGGUGUGCUAGGACAAAGUCAUCCUGCAUUACCAAUGAAGCAAUAGCGCCAUAUUUCACACAGGGGCUUGUGAAGGAGAUGAAAAAAGCCCCCUAUACCCUUGUUACAGAUGGGUCAAAUGACACUGGUAUUUCCCAAACUAUUUGAGAUUUUUCUCCUUGGACCUUCAGCUAUGUCUUUGCGUCACAUAAUGUAACCAAUAUUGCCCAUCUCCAGUGAGCCGCCCCUAUCAAUGGCUUGGGGCCUACCCACAAACCACCAAAAUGCAGGUACAACAUGGGUUCAACAUCCAAUUAAAUACAAUUCUCUCAAAUCUGAGCCUGCGUUGUCAGGGGUACCCGCGACAAAAUCUCACUCCAAGGUUUUUUGAAAA